CACGGAGCUGUCUCUAAGACAAAUGCUGGAAGUCUGGACUGUUCCUAAUUCAGAUCCUUCUUAAGUCCGAGCUGACGAAAAUAACUUUUCAAGUAUUUUUUAUGAACACAUUGUGUAAAUAUCUCAUGUGGCUGCACAGCGUCGAUUUACCUGGCACGACGGAUCUGUGAAUGCAAAGUAAAGAAAUAUCCCAAGGCACCCGGUCUGUUUAAUUAAAGACGAUCGGCAGUCGACGCGGCGGAGAGAAGAUGAAGGUAAUCAUGCGGGUGAUGUGUUGUUUGAUGGCAUGCGUGCUGUCAGUGCGGGGCGCCGGGAGCGACACCCACGCGCUGCCCCGGGACUCGUGCGCGUCAUGCGGCCUCGGCCGUCCCGACGUUCCAGACGCGAUGGACACGGACUUUCUGGAGGCGGUGAAGAGGCACAUACUGAGCAGACUGCAGAUGAGGCAGAGACCUAACAUCACGCACCCGAUCCCGAAGGCGGCCAUGGUCACGGCACUGAGGAAGCUACACGCCGGGAAAGUGAGAGAGGACGGGAGGUUCGAGAUUCCCAGCUUUGAUGGCCAAGCCGCUUACAGCAACGAGGCGCAAGAGGAAACCUCAGAAAUCAUCAGCUUUGCCGAGUCAGAUGACCUGACGUCAGUGUCCAGUCUCUAUUUUGUGAUCUCCAAUGAGGGCAAUCAGAACCUGUAUGUGCUGCAAGCCAAUCUAUGGUUGUACAUCAAACUUUUGCCUGGAGGCCUAGAAAAAGGUGUGCGUCGGAAGGUGACAGUGAGGGUGCACUACCAGGAGCCUGGUGGUCAGCAAAAAUGGGUUGAGAAGCGCCUGGAGCUGAAGCGCAGUGGCUGGCACACAUUCCCACUGUCAGAGGCAGUCAGAGUGGCACUACAGAAAGAUGAGCGACGGCAGGACUUGGAUGUGCACUGCGAGAGCUGUGAGGUAGCCAAUGUGGCGCCUGUGCUGGUGGACGUCGGUGAUCCCUCUCACCGGCCUUUCCUGGUGGUGCGGGCACGCCAGGCAGAGGGGAAACAUCGUAUCCACAAGCGUGGCCUGGAGUGUGAUGGAAAUCAUGGUGGUCUGUGCUGCAGGCAGCAGUUCUACAUUGACUUUAGGCUCAUAGGCUGGAAUGACUGGAUCAUCGCACCUGCUGGCUACUUUGGCAACUAUUGCGACGGCAGCUGCCCUGCAUAUAUGGCAGGCGUGCCGGGCUCCGCCUCCUCAUUCCACACAGCUGUGGUCAAUCAGUACCGCAUGCGAGGCAUAAGCCCAGGCUCAGUGAACUCCUGCUGCAUCCCUACCAAGCUCAGCACCAUGUCCAUGCUCUACUUUGAUGAUGAGUACAACAUUGUCAAACGGGACGUUCCUAAUAUGAUAGUGGAGGAAUGCGGCUGUGCCUGAGGCUGGUUAGGGAAUUGUAGACUUUGAAUGUAAUCAAAAGACAUUACAACAGCAGUGACAUAUUUAUGGUCCUGUACCACAGGCAUAUAAAUACAUGUUAUUAUAUGUUCACUCAAAAUGCACAAUCACACACUAGUGUGUGUGUGUGCAUGGAGCAGUGGUUCGUCAGAUA